CCGGGGGAGUCCUAUGUUUGCACUCAUACAGGGGGUGCUGACGGUGCUGGUAUUGACAGGGUAGCUCCGGCGUCGGAGCAAAGGCUGCGUGGAAGGCAAAGGGAGCAAAAUCAGAUCCCAGCCGCAGGGUUCAGGCUGUCGACAUGUAGGUCGUGUCUGUGACCUGGUUAAUAGCGACCAAAUACCCGAGGACAGCUGUGCUGGUGACGCACUGGCCCCAGAUCAGCAUGUGGCCUUUUUUUACUGUCACUAGAGCUAAGAAGGGGCUGACACCGUGCUCUCAGGGACGGCUCAUCUCCCAGGGUCACAGUCGAGCUGGGAAAAGCCCCUUGACCUUUCCUCUUUGCUGGUGAAGGAGCUUUGAUCUCAAGUGCUGCCUGGCCUUUUCCCGACGCGCCAAGUCCCCUUCGCUGGGGGCAGGGUUUGAGUUACGCAUUGAGGAAUGGAAUUAAUGUCAGCGGAGGGCUUUCUGACAUCUGAAAACUUGGUGUCAGAGAACAAUGAUUCUGAAGGACAGUGCCAAAUUCUGAACUGCAGUAUUCAUCAGAGCAGGUCUCAUUUCUGCUGAUUAGGUAUUUUAACUUUCCUCCUCUGAACUGCCCUGGGGCAAGUUUUAAAAAGGCAGUAACAACACUUGCAGUUGCUUGGUCACAGUAAUGUUUUGCUGACUGUGCUUAAGAAAAUGGAGCUGCGUUAACAUUCUGCUUUUUUCCACAACAGAUGGGUCCAGAAGAGUGGAAUGAAUGAAGCCUGGAUUCCUGUCCAUUUGCCUCCUAAUAGCUCUCCAUUGCAAUCAGCUGUCGCCUCAUGUUUCUUAUGUCCUCGCUCCUGCUGGAGACACAGCGUGCUGUACUUAGAGCUGUGUUCCUAGUCAGCCAGCAUGUGUAAUAACUGACCAUGUUGCUGAUGUCUAAUAGAAGCCUCAGCUGACUACUGUAGCAGUUCUUGUGGAAAAGCAUGUGGCAUCCUCUAUAAGAGCUGCAGAUGCAGAGGAAAAUAGAGGAAAGAUGUCAUCAGGACAGCUGCCACUUUGGGCCACGGCUGCCUUUACUGUGAACAGCCUUGCUCUGGAGAAGAUCACCUGGGAAAAAGUGGACACCUUGUGAAAAGUCAGGGCAAAAGAAUACAUCUUUUGAGGUCUAAAUAUGUUUCAUCUGAACAGUUAUAUUUUUCUGUAAGAAUAUGGAAAAGAGGUUAGUGGAACAGGAUAUUAGAAGUUUAGGUUUAGACAUCUUAGGAAACACCUUACCCUGAAAAGGAGUUCUAGCUUCACCUGUGUAACACUUACAUGAGUCAGAGGCUUUGAACUGGUACACAUACUACUUUUGUUUUUCAGAGUAGACCACUCUGGGUGAAGAGGAGAUGUUUUUGCUAAGUUUUCUCUCAGCUGCCCUUGAUAUUGUUGACUGUGGCAGAACAAUUGGUAAAGUGGAUGUAGUGACUUGAGUUUCUGCUCUGAACUGGAGCCUGAAACUGUUAUUCCAGGUUAUGUUGUCAGAGGCUGAUCUUAGAAAGCAUUCCCAGUUGCUCUGUCUCAGCAUUUCCUUCAUCAGAUUUGAAAGUGUUUGUUUUCUUUUAGUGUCCACAUCACAUGAACUUGAAUGAGAAGUUUAGUCUAGAAAAUACUAAGCCAAGACAUCAUGUAGAAAAGGGCUCUCUAUGGUGUUACCUGGCCACACUUCCAAGAGGCUCAAGAUCUGCUACAUGGAAUCCUGUAAACCAGUUCCUUAUUUGAAACUCCCUAUAUGCUGAAGCUUAUGAAAGAGAGAUAAGAAUGUUAUCAAAGCAACGUGGGAUUUAAUUGGAGUACGAGUCAGAAACGGAUAUUGCAUGGGAGUGUUGCCAUGCUGAAGUAAACAAGUGUAUCUGUGUUUGUUUUUUUUGGUAUUUUGGGCUUACAGCAUGCACAUCAAAUGAUGUACGUGCUUAUCUCCUCUCACGUAUGGAAAGAGUUUUUAAAUUUUAAGCUUUUCAGUUAAAAGAAGUCAAAUCAAAUCAAUGCCAAGGAUCCUAGUUAGGAUGUAAUUUAUGCUGAAAAUUACCUUCUUCAAGGCCUUGGAGAAAAAAAACCAGUGAUUUAGUAAAAUUGAACAAAUAAAGACAUUUCUAUCACAUUUGCCUUAGUCAAACCUUCAUUACGUUUCCCCACUUUUUGUGAAAUACAAUAAGUGGAUAUGGUAUUAUUUGGCCUUUCCAUGAGAAAGACUCAAAAAAGCGUUGGACUGCAUUUUGAGAAGCAGUCUGUAGUUUUGUAUGAGCACUUCUGGCUGCUUAAUAAAAGCUGCAAGACCUUGCAGGUCUGAGGGAUUUCAGUCAGAGUUAUGAACCCAUAGCACCUUGAGAAAUUAUGUGCUAGGUCUGACCAACAUGCUGAAUUAAAUUGUACUGUUGAAAACAUGGGAUAAAUUUCCAUCUGAAGUCACUCAAAGAGAACAGUUAGAGCAUUUUGACUCCAAGAAUUUUCUCUUUCAAAUAAAAAGGUUGUCCCUAUUUAACCAUUCCUGGAGAAAAGUAUCUAAUAUUGUACUUUUGAAACAUCCAGAUAAUUCCAGUCCUUUACUGUCAGUUCAUGAUUCAAAUAUUGUGCCAAAUGCUCAAAUCCUUGGAGGAGACCCAGAGGGAACUCAUAAAAUUAUAUAGGAAAGGCACCAAUUCACUCUUGCUGAGAAGUAAUUUGGUUUGGUUUAGUAACCUGUGAAAUAGUUCUGUAAAAUUAUGAACUUUAAGGAAACGGUAAAGAGUGUGAUUAUUGACAUCUGCUGUAGGUGACCUUUAUGUGCUGAAAAGAUCACAAGGUAGUAAAGACAAAAAAAUUACAACCUCCUUUCCUUCUUCUCUCUAAUGGUCUGAAAUUGAAAAAUUGGAUCUAUUGAACCCCAGUUAAAGUUAGGACAGCCAAAUAAAAUAAGGCUACAACCUGCAACUUGCAGUUUUCCAAGUAUGUAAUUUAUAUACUUUAGAGACUAAAUGCUGCUGGAGUGAGUCACCACUCUCACCUGAACAUAAAUCACUUCAUGUUAUUUCCGUCCAUUCACUAUCUCUUCCAUUAACUUCCCCCUCUAUGGUAAAGAAACAUAUCCCAGCAUUUCAAAGGAACAGAUGUACUCGUGCAGAUCAUCCAAAGCUGUUUGUCCUGAUUCUUUUCUCAGUGCUGUGAUAAGGGCUAUGUGCCUUGCUAUCUUUCCUACUUCUCAGUAUCUUUUCUGGCUGUUCUUUCUUUGCUAUUUGUGUUAACAUAAUCUAAGCUUCUGGCAGCUUUAUGAAAUUUGUACUGGUAUUGAUCAGCUUGCAGGAUAUGGCAAAUGCCUGAACGUCACAGUUGCUGGCAUUGCAGCACUAUGUAGCAGCUAACAUUCCUAGUGCAUUAGCUGUGCAAAUGACCUUUUAACUCUCCUUAAGAGCAUCUCACAGUUGUCCUGAGUCAGUGUGCCAGUUACCACAGUAGUCUGAGGGUGGCAUUUUAAGUGUUCCUCGUCAUCUUGAUAUGGGACCAAAAAGGCAGUAGCAUGACACUGGGUAUGCCCUAUGACACAGACAUUGCCUGAGUGUGCUGGAUGCUGGGAAAUGCUGAAGGGGGCCCAGACCAGAGCCAGAACAGCAUUGCUUUCUUUCAUGUAAAUAUCCCCUAACAAUUCCCCUGUAGUCACAUCAGCUGAAUUAUUUUAUCCACAGCUCCCUUUGAAAAGGGACCGUCUAGUCCCAUCCUGUCUCACUGUUUUCAUUUUAAUAAACAUGUUUUCCAGAAGUGUAUUGAGCAGCACAACUAGCAUUGAUAUAUGAAAUUGCCUUAUUCUUCCUUUUUUUAAAUCACUAUUAAAGUUACUAACAUUUGUAUUUUUUUAAAUUUAAUUUUAUGACUGAUACACUGUUUACAGCAUAGUCAAAAGGAUGUGUUUCCCAGUUCUAGUAGAAGUGUAUCGAUUGUCUGAUACUAGCUGCUGUGUGUAUUUGUACAUAACCUUGACUUGGCCUAAAGAGAAAGCCUUUAUGCUUGCAGAACAGUUUUGUUCUGUGUCAUGACUGGGAAACUGGGCCAUCACCAGUAGAGUGCAACCCAGAUUUUCAAAUGCCUUUUAGAGUAUUUGGGGCUCUGACAGCUGUGUCUGAAAAUAAGGAGAGGUUGUUUACAGGAAAGGACAGGCUUGGUAUGCUCACUAACCACUGCACUGCUGAAAAGCUGGCUGUAAUAUUCUGUACUCAGAGUUCAGAUAGUGACUCAUGAGUUGUUGUAUGAGUUAAGUGGAUGAUUUUCAGCAGGAUGGUGGGAAAUCUUAUUGCCAACUGUACAUAAUAAGUACUGUGCAGUGUGAGAUACUAGAGGGAAUUGCUGGGACAUCCUUGAAGUAAUGGGUUAACUUCUCAGCCAGAGGGAAGUUGUACAUGUGUUAUUUCCGGUUACUGGAUAGUAACCAGUGUGAAUGACUGAAUGAACUCCUAAUCCAAUGGCCACUGCAUUCAGUUCAAUGUUUCCAGUCAUUUCAGCUGUAGUUUUAAGUCUCUCUCUGUAAGACUUGAGAUAGCAAAAGGCACACUGAAAGGAAAAAGUCAGUUUUAUGGUUCACAUUUUAAUUUUUCAAUAAUUUCUAAAGACUUCUAGGGAAAUAUUUUUUUAAGUCUGAUUUUCUCUUUGUUCAGUUUCCUACAUUAUGCAUAGACUAAUUCUAUGAGUUGAAUUUAUUUAUUUUUUUUUAUGGCUGUCUAAGUUGGGGAAGUCAAUGACCAGUCCACCUUUGGUAGCAAGGAAAAAUAAACCAGACAUUCCUAUUCUUGCUUUGAAAUACUUUUCCCUGUGUGCUUUGUUCUUUCUGUUUUAAAAGUGCUCUGCCAAUGUCAUGCUCAUGGGCUUUCAGAGGAAACAUGGGAUAUCUGAAUUGAGAGAGACCAUCAGGGAGAUCUGGUGGCAACAACCAGGGGCAGGAAAGGAGGAGGAACUGAUAGUUCCCCCAUGUGAGGACCAAAUCUGAGUGCACCGUGAUCAGGACUGUGAUCAGAAGGGAAGCAAGGGACAUCUAACCCUGGAACUGCCUGUCUCUUCUCCAAAUGUGGUAAGAAAAUAUUAGAAAGCAGAGUCAAAAUGUCAGACAAAAGUGAUUUAAAAGCAGAACUUGAGCGCAAAAAACAACGUUUGGCUCAGAUAAGAGAAGAAAAGAAACGGAAGGAGGAAGAAAGGAAGAAAAAAGAGGCUGAUCUACAGCAGAAGAAGGAGCCAGCUCAGGAAGAUUCUGAUCUAGACCGUAAAAGAAGAGAGACAGAAGCUUUGUUACAGAGCAUUGGUAUAUCCCCAGAACCACCUCUAGUCCCAACCCCUAUGUCUCCCUCUUCGAAAUCAGUGAGCACACCCAGUGACGCAGGCAGCCAGGACUCAGGGGAUCUGGGACCCAUAGGAAGGACCUUGCAAUGGGACACAGACCCCUCAGUGCUGCAGCUCCAGUCUGACUCUGAACUUGGACGCAGACUGCACAAACUAGGGGUGUCAAAGAUUACCCAGGUUGAUUUCUUACCUCGGGAGGUGGUAUCGUACUCCAAGGAGACACAGACACCUCUGGCCACACAUCAAUCUGAAGAGGAUGAAGAUGACGAAGAGAUGGUGGAACCAAAAACACAGGAUGACUUAGAGACAGAAAAUCAAGACCAGAAGCAGGAGGUGAAAGAAGCUCCUCCUAGAGAACUGACAGAAGAAGAAAAGCAACAAGUUCUCCAUUCAGAAGAAUUCCUGAUAUUUUUUGACCGCACAAUACGUGUGAUUGAGCGAGCUUUGGCUGAAGAUUCUGACAUCUUCUUUGACUAUAGUGGCAGAGACGUAGAAGAGAAAGAUGGAGAUGUUCAAGCAGGAGCCAACCUUUCCUUUAAUCGGCAAUUUUAUGAUGAGCACUGGUCAAAGCAUCGUGUCGUCACCUGCAUGGAUUGGUCUCUUCAGUACCCUGAAUUGAUGGUUGCAUCUUAUAACAAUAAUGAAGAUGCUCCACAUGAGCCUGAUGGGGUAGCCUUGGUGUGGAACAUGAAGUUCAAGAAAACCACGCCAGAAUAUGUGUUCCAUUGUCAGUCCUCCGUGAUGUCAGUCUGUUUUGCCCGCUUUCACCCAAACCUGGUCGUCGGUGGAACAUACUCUGGCCAAAUUGUCUUGUGGGAUAAUCGCAGUCACCGGCGCACUCCAGUUCAGAGAACUCCCUUAUCUGCUGCUGCUCACACGCAUCCUGUGUAUUGUGUGAAUGUAGUUGGAACACAAAAUGCACACAAUCUUAUUACUGUCUCUACGGAUGGCAAAAUGUGCUCAUGGAGCCUGGACAUGCUCUCAACUCCACAGGAGAGCAUGGAGCUGGUAUACAAUAAGUCCAAGCCAGUGGCGGUCACAGGAAUGGCUUUCCCAACCGGAGAUGUCAAUAACUUUGUUGUGGGCAGUGAAGAGGGAACAGUCUACACAGCCUGUCGUCAUGGAAGUAAAGCUGGCAUUGGUGAAAUUUUUGAAGGCCACCAAGGACCUGUCACAGGAAUCAAUUGUCACAUGGCAGUGGGUCCAAUAGACUUUUCCCAUCUCUUUGUCACAUCAUCAUUUGACUGGACAGUGAAAUUGUGGACCACAAAGCACAACAAGCCGCUCUACUCCUUUGAAGACAAUGCCGACUAUGUCUACGAUGUCAUGUGGUCGCCAGUGCAUCCCGCGCUCUUCGCCUGCGUGGACGGGAUGGGGCGCCUGGAUCUGUGGAACCUGAAUAACGACACCGAGGUUCCCACAGCCAGUGUCACCAUAGAAGGAGCGUCUGCCCUCAACCGUGUCCGCUGGGCCCAGGCUGGGAAGGAGGUAGCAGUUGGUGAUUCAGAAGGCCGCAUAUGGGUCUAUGAUGUUGGAGAGCUGGCUGUGCCACACAAUGACGAGUGGACACGUUUCGCCCGGACCUUGGUGGAGAUCCGCGCCAACCGAGCCGACAGUGAAGAAGAGGGGGCGGUGGAGCUUUCGGCAUAGAGGGAGAGGAGCAGCGCCCGCCACAACAGCAGCUUCCCCCGCCGAGUACGCCAGUGUUCAGUGUCAGAGUCAGUCUUGCUGUGGCUUUUGAUGCCAGUGUACAUGCCAGUAUUGCUCAAAGCAUUCCAUAUUAAUCACACUGCUUUAUACAAGGCUGAAAAUAUCCAGAGCAUUUUCAUACUUUAUAUUCCUGUCUGAAAAGUAAGAAAGAAAAGACAAAUCAACCCUUUAUGGGUUUAGUUGUUGCCUUUUAACUACUUAGUAGCUGUAUUUAAUAGCUAGGAACCCCUGGUUAAACUUGUGCUCACAUUGCCCUUCUGGCAUAGUCCUAUUAAAUCCAUAUGAAGCCAGAUAUGAUUAUGUGCAGAUGUGGUGUGCUUCACUGUAUGGGACUGGGCCAAAGACUUUAGAUGUGGUGUAUCACAUGGUGACUUACAUUAUGAAUGGAUGUACUAUACGAAAGUUGCUGCUCCUUAUUUAUUGCGGUGUGCUGCAUGGAACAUAUUUAUUUGAAAGCAUUAAAAUAAACGAUCCUAAAGCAUGUGCAUAAUGAGAGAACUGCAUUGUCUGUGUGCUGCUGUAGAGGUUACAUUGAAGUCCACGUAACAAUUACAGUACAUCAGUUGUGCUUAAGAUGCAAGAUCUAUAAAGGUUGGCUUGAGUGGGCGGAAUGAGUUCCCUUUCCUUUUUUUUUAAGAUGCCUAUUAUUUCUAGGCACUUUAACUAUAUUUCAGUUGGUCACUGAUACUUGUCACGCAAGUUAACACUAACAGUCUGACAAAGGGUUGUGGUUCCCAAGUAUGACACCAGUAUUGCCAAUAAAAUGUACCAGGCCUGUUC